ACUCGCUUCGCUCGCAGUUAACUGAACGGUGUUGAAUUGAGGAGGGUCUGCUGAGGGACUGACUUGUCUGAUAGCUUUAUUUUUUAUUGGUGCUGUGUGCUGCUGCGUACUUGGAAAGAUCAAAGCCGAGGAGUUUUGCAAGCUGAUUCUUCUAAUCAUUCGGUGGAUCUUGAUUGCGUUUGGCGUUGAGUGUUGUUGAUCGUAGUGAAAUAAGCCUCAAGGACUACGAUGAAAUUGUUGGUGAGAUGCAGCCUGCUUUUAAUGGCCGGGCUGGCCAUAUGCAGUGCUCAAGAUGAUUCCUUCACCACAACCCCAAGUUCCACAACAGCGAGUGAACCUUCCACCACAGUACCAACUACAAAUACUACAACGACGACUACUAAUGCACCAACUACUAAGAGUACAACAACGGCACCACCGCACACAACUACAACGCCAGUACCAACUACUACUGCUGCGCCUACAACAACUAGCACUGCUGUGCCACCGUCACCCACUCCUGCGCCCGGACCGGUACCAGAGCCCGAAGUAGGCACCUGGACCUGGACCAACUCUACAACCAAUCGCACCUGUAUUCUAACUCAAAUGGCUCUGCAGCUUAACGUUAGCUAUCUGGAUACCGCCGGCAAACCAACUCACGUUUUGUACGACAUCCCGAAGGAUGCUCGCGCCAUCAACGGUUCCUGUGGCACUGAUUCGCAAUAUAUGCAGCUUGCCUGGGGUCCACCUUCAGCGCAAAGCAGCUUCCUUGAAGUCGACUUCGCUUUAAAUGUCACUGAGCAUGAAUUCACGCUUUCCGGCAUGGCUUUUCAACUCGCCGUCAAUAACGGUUCGUUCCCCAACGCUAAAGCUAACCAAACUAUUACGUUGCUCAAUAAGCAACCGAUGUUCAAAACACCUCUGGACAUGUCCUACCACUGCAACCGUGCCCAGCUGCUCAACCUAACUUCUAUUGAUCCCACUGGAUUGAACUCAACUGUUACGGUGUCGAAGCUACAGUUUGAAGCGUUCCACAACAAAGCCAACUCUAAAUUCUCGAUCGCCAAGGAUUGCGAUGCCAUUGACACACCGGAUAUCGUUCCGAUUGCCGUCGGGUGCGCUCUUAUUUUGUUGAUUGUGAUUGUACUGAUCGCCUAUCUGGCCGGACGACGAAGCACUCGGUCCCGAGGUUAUCUGAGCAUGUAAAGUGUGUCCUGCUUCGAGCGAACGAUUGGUUCGUAUCAAAAUCUGUUGCCAUUCCCCGGCAGCUUCUUUUCCCGGAAUAUUUCUGUUACCUUACUAUCUCACAUCGAAAGAAGCUCUAUCAAAUUUAAACCCAUCAUGCCGGGGGAACUGAUUAAACUUGCUUGUUCGAUACUUUUCUCCCAAGCUUUUGCAGUCUAAGCGAAUAUGAACGUCCUGGAUGGAAGGAAAAACCACUUCCAGUGUUAUGGUCUUUCGAGCCAAGGCUAGUUAGCUGUAUACAAAAAAAAAUAUUCAGUUUGUGUAAAAUGUUAUAUUCGAGAGAAUUUUUCACUGAUGCAGUUUUGUCCAAUAGGGAAAAUCUCCGUUUAACUGGAAACCAAAAACGUAUAGGAGAACAUUUUAGAUUAAAGUCAAACCACAUAAAUAGACCAAGGGGUUUAGGAACAAAACAAACAAUUAGAAAGACAAACAAAAACAUACGAAAUUCUGUUUAUAUUAUACCUUUCUGUAGUUCGAUAGUGUAAUUUUUAUGAAUCAAUAAAGAGUAAAAACAGUU